UCAGAAGCGACUCGUAAGCAACAACAAUUGGGUGUAAUUUCAUACCCUGACCACGACGACCGAACGUGUGCGGACGAUGGACGGCGAAGGAAAUGGGUCACUCCCUGGGCAACAGAUGCCGCCCGCCUACAACCAAGAGCGGAACAGACUGUGAGCCAAGCCGCACCUCACCCUACUUCUUCGUCGUUGCGAUCAUCCCAUCUUCCUGACCCGAGUCCAUGGACUUGGGUUGAUUUUGCGAGUCUCAUCUGCUGACUCGCCUCACCCUUUCUGCAUGGCCCCUUCGUCAUCCUCUCGCCUAGCCUUGACUGACGAUGGAUUGCGAUACAGGAAAUACGAGCUGACGAUGCGGCAGGAACCGAAGCAGGCCAGAAUGUGUGGAAUCGGAGGUAAAGCGGACCGCAGACCUAUCGACCCCCCGGUCAUCGUCCAGCUGCGGGUCAUUGAUACGGCCGCCCCACCGCCGCCGCCUACCCCGUCGCCAUCCUCGCCCUCCACGCCGGAUGCCGAGCCGCCGUACCACAACCUCGCUUCAUACGCGUCGAACUUCCUGAACAAUCCGUAUUACUUUAUGUUCGCCUCGCUUGCCAAGCCGGAUGAGGACGAGGAGCUGCACUGGCUCAAAGACGGGAAGACACGAUACACGACGGGCAGUAUCGUCAGCUCUCUGUACUCACUCAAGGAUCCAAGCCUCGUGCCGGACGGCGACGACAGCGAUGGGCAGGGUGGGGAUGUCGGGUUUUUCGUGUUCCCUGAUCUGUCGGUGAGGACGGAAGGAUCCUACCGAUUGAAGUUGAGCUUGUACGAGGUCGUCGGCAACGACGUGCAGCACUGCAAAUCGAUAUUCAGCGCCCCUUUUUUCGUGUACACCGCGAAAAAGUUUCCAGGGGUGGAGGAUCAAGGGAUCAAAAUCCGUAUUCGCAAGGAUAUUCGGAUGCGCAAGACGCGUGCGGGUCUGGCCCAGGGCAUCUCGGAACUGGAAACUUUCGGGUCCCCGGGCCCCAAUGCAGCUCGGGGUGGAGGAUUGAUUGGCCCGCCACCGGACGAGGCCGGUGACAUGCCCACUGUCGAUCCAGAUCCCCCGCUGGACGAUGAAGGCGAGUCGCAUCGGCCGACCAAGCGAAGUAGAACCGAAGAGCUUAGUGCCAACUCCACUGGCGUUCCACCCGUAGGCGCGCCUUGGCCGUCUGUCAUUCCGCCGCCUCCGGGCGCUCAGAUCCAAGGGCCGCUGCCUAUCCAGCAACCGCAGGUACCAGCGGUCAUUCCUCCGCCACCAAUAGGCUCGGCGGAGCCUGCACCGCCGUCGUUGUACGAACCUCGGCCCCCUGCAGUGUCGUAUGAGCAGUACAAUCAACCUAUACGCCAUAUCCCACCCCCUGCGCCGUACAACCAGCCCCCAGGGCCCCCAGUCUAUCGACCCGAACAAUCGACGCCGGGACCGCCUCCCGGAGGGCAUCCUUAUCCACCGCAGUAUGGCCAACAGCCGCAGCCACCACCGCCGCCGCAGCCUCAGCCGCCGCAGCCGUACUACUAUCCGCCCCCAUGGGCCGAUCCGUAUGGUGGUCAGUACGCCGCUCCUCCUGUGCAUGGAUACUACGGACCGCCGGCACCAGCACCCGCUCCGGCGGCGCCUCCACCUCCUCAGUAUGGUGCACCAGCCCCGUACUAUAACGACGCCAUCGCAGAUCCCCCCGCCUCCCGGAGCGCACAUCGUUUCCCCGACGACCGGAUUGCCCGGCCCCAACCCGCCGGUGCCGAUCACUCCGCAGCGCGUCGGGGUGCGCAGAGAGCAGCACCCAGGGAAGAAGAAUCCCCUGAGUAUCGGGAGUAUCAUUUCGGACGACUGCUCUGAUGGCUGUAUUGCGUAGUCGCUUACUUAGAUCCUUUUGUAUAUAACUUCAUUGUAUUGUCUGCCAAUGCAUUCCGAAAUACCAAGCGGGUACCAAGAAACUCUGUACUAGUCCCGGCUUCCUCGUCUAUGCUGAAUCAGGCCUAGGUAAGCCGCCUCGUUGGACAUCCGCUUCUGAUGACGAUGGCGCGCUGCUCGAGAUCGGAAGAAGAUUAUUCUCCACGUCGUCAUCAAUCCGAAGUUUCUCCAACGCGGAAGAAAGCACAAGUUGCCGAGGUGUCUGUCCACUCUCGGGCCUGCCAACUGAAUGGCAGAAGGGCUGCCAAAGUGCCCACUCUCCAACGCAGAAGAAGAUCCGGGGAAGUUGAGACUGACGGAACGAAGCCCCCGAAGUGGGCGCGGAUGGAAUGUCUCGUGGCUGCUCAGUGUUCUCGGAUGCAGGUUCGCAGAGAAGAUAACCCGCGUCCUGCAAGUGAAUGAAUGACGGGGUGCGGAGACAGUCGGGUAAACUGCGCCAGCUUGUUACUCCGAGGUAUGCGGCAGUCUCACGCAGCCCAUGAGUGGCCAACAGGACGCAGGAGAUAGCAUGGACCAGUUUCCUGGAUUACGGGCGGAGGAAUGGCGGAUGUGAGCCUGGGGCAUAUGCUCUUCAGUGCACGCAGUAUGCGAGUUUCACUGUAUACGUCAACGACUUGACGACGACCGCAUUCGAGACUCGACGCCAGUGCCACGGACGCGCGAGCAAAGGUGGACCUGGAGGAUAACUUUCCGUGCCUAUCGAAGGAUUUAUCCAAGUCCCACCCGACGAAAGGACAAGAGAUAUUCGUUUCAAAUCAGGCAGAUGGGCCGCGGGUCAGAGUCAUAAUCUGUUGCACAGUUCCGAAAUCCACCGUCAUACAUACAUCCAGGAGCGUUUGAUGGAUGCGUAGAGCUCGUGACGCUGUUUCGAGCAUCACUAGCCGUUUGAGCUCGUCGCUGCUUGCCGGACGAGACUUGUUGAGAGAAUGAAAAUCGGUGGGGAAAAGAGUCUAUUUGGUGAGCGAGCUGUUUCCGUGCAGUAAUUGGGAGGGUACUAG